AUGGUACGACCAGUAAGCAUGGGUGAGGAUCGCCAAGGGCCAGUGCAAGAGGCACAGGCAGACCCGAUGGGGGCAAACGAGUCGAGCGAAGCACCGGGACGUCGUUUGACCUUUGGUCUGGAGGACCUUGAGCUGGAUGAACAUCUGUCGCCUACACAGAUGAACGAACAAGAAUUUUUGUCGCUUUGCCGCACUGAUCCCCAGAGGUUGUUCGACCGGAUGUACGAACAGCAGGACAAGAGUGCACAGCAAGCAGAGGAUCUGAGGAUCCAGAACGAGAAAGAACAGCAGAGCCUGAUGGUCGAAGUCGCCAACCUCAAGCAGACCAUCCGUGACCAGACAGCUGCUAUGAGGGAGCUCAUUGAGGAGCGCGACACCGCUCAGGAUAGAGCCGACAGGACUGGGUGGGGUACUCCAGCUCCAGAAGGGAAGCACACCAAGAGUACCAAGUUGCCAGAUGGGCAGGUGCUGGUGGAUGGGAAGGACCCUAAGUUUGAGUCGUGGCUUAUCGAUGUCGAAGGGAAGCUCGAAGCCAACGCUGACCACUAUCCUACUGCCCAGGCACGCAUGGCCUAUGUGAAGAGCAUGUGCAAAGGAGAAGCAGCGAAUCACCUGCUUGCUCGCAUGAGAAAGGACUCGCCUGAUCGAUAUCAUGAUGUGGACGACAUCUUUGACCACCUUCGUACCCUGUACCAGGACGCCAAUAGGGUCAUCAACGCCAAGAUGGAACUGCGACGCCUCAUGAUGAGAGACACCAAGUUCCAGCCUUUUCUCUCGCAAUUCGUACUGCUUGCUCAGGAUGCAGGCUUGGCCACUAGCGAGUGGAAAGAGGACCUGUUCUACAAGUUGUCCUUUGAGUUGCAGCGCGCAAUGAUCAAAGAGAGUAACGACCCACGCGUCUCGUACCAGGAAUUCGUCAAGGAAUGCAGCACCACUGCCAAUCGUCUCGAGCAGAUCAACACCAGCGAGAAGCGUGCACGCCCACACCUCUUUAUCCCCAAAGCAAUCCUCUCCCGAUCGAAGAAAGUUUCCACAGAGCAUCAGAAGGAUGCCGAUCGACGAGAUGGUCUCUUUAAUGAAGAAAUCAGACAGGAGGCUACUGGUGAAGCACUAUCUCGUGGCGUUGGCAAAGAUGAACCAACAGUUGAGCAGCGCGCGUAA